AUGGACAGGCGAGGAAACCCAGCAGUCAAGGCAAACACUGGGAAAUGGAAAUCUUCCAUCCCGCUGCUAGUUAACUAUGCGCUUGUAACGUGCGCCUUCUUCGGCGUCGGGGUGAACCUGGUGGUGUUCCUCCGGCGGGUGCUCCACCAGGACAACGCCGAGGCGGCCAACAACAUCAGCAAAUGGACCGGCACCGUCUACAUCUUCUCCCUCAUCGGCGCCUUCAUGAGCGACUCCUACUAG